CUGCGCGCUGGCUAUAUGGGAGCUGGGCCACUGCGACCCCCGGCGCUGCACCGGCCGGAAGCUGGCCCGCCUGGGCCUGGUGCGCCGCCUGCGCCUGGGCUGCAGGUUCGGAGGCCUGGUGCUCAGCCCCGUGGGCGCACAGUACGUGUCGCCCGCAGACAGCUGGUGGCACAGUGUGGGGUCGCUGUCAUCGACUGCUCCUGGGCCAGACUGGACGAGACGCCAUUUGGGAAGAUGCGAGGGAGCCACUUGCGGUUGCUGCCCUACUUGGUGGCUGCCAACCCUGUGAACUAUGGCCGGCCUUGCAAACUUUCCUGCGUGGAAGCUUUUGCGGCCACCUUCUGCAUCAUAGGCUUUUCAGACCUUGCUAUUAUUUUGCUGCGGAAGUUUAAGUGGGGCAAGGGCUUCCUGGACCUGAACCGCCAGCUCCUGGACAAGUAUUCUGCGUGCGGUGGCCCGGAGGAGGUGCUGCAGGCCGAGCAGGAGUUCCUGAUGGGCACCAAGGAGAGCCCCAAGGAGGAGGAAAUCGACCCCUUUGAUGUGGAUUCAGGGCGAGAGUUUGCAAACCCCAACAGGCCCAUGCCCAGCACCCGGCUGCCCACAAAUGCUGAUGACAGCAACGAGUCUGAAGAGCAAGGGCCUGAUGCUGAGGACGAUGGAGACAGCAGCAGCUGCCCCGAGGAGGAAGAGACCCUGGAGGAAGGGGCUGCAGCCAUGGCCCCAGCUAGGGUCUGGAAAGGAAUCAAGAAACGGCAGAGAGACUGAAGGUUGCAGACAUAUGUAUUUUUGAGGCUGGGUAAUGACAUCUAGAGAUAGUAGUGACACACAUGAGGACACAGGUAGGCCUGGACCCUCCAGGUUCUGUCCAAUGCUUCUGGCAGCCUUGCCCUGCGUCCUGCCUUGGAGCUCUCUCAAUGAAACUGCAGGACAAGCAGUA